AUGGCGCCAACAGAGUCAACGUCGGAAUCAUACCUACAUAACCUCCCGCUGACGCCACGCGAGUCUGACAACGAAGACUUGACCAAUUUGACCCCCAUGGCUGGAAGAAAACGCAAUGCCAGUGAAAUGGAAGAUGACGGGGACAAGAGCACCGCUUCUAAAGUCGCUGAAGGUACUUCCGAGACCAUCGAGGCCGAGAUUAGCUCAGACUUCACGGUUGAAUGCCCGGCGCGUCCGAGGCGCACAAAGUCUCCCAUUCCAGAAGAUGUUUACUACGAGACGGCAGCGCCCUCGCUGGCACCCAACCUGAGCGUUAACUUUGCCGUAAGGCCUGGUGACAAGUGGGCAAGGUUCAGUCGUUACAGAAAUGCAAAGUUCAAGGAUCCUUUGCUCCUGGUAUACUCAGCUGGUCAAAUUGUAUAUGUCAACCGACAGGAUCCGUUACCCCCACCACUACCGGCCGAUGCCUCGGAAGAUGAAAAGUUACAAUAUGACAAGGAGAAUCUCUGGGCUGGCCUCAUCUCUGAAUUCCGAGCCGAAAGUCAAGAGAAAGUAUAUGUACGAGUGUUCUGGUUCUACUGGCCGGAAGAGCUUCCUAUGGGUCGCCAGCCAUACCAUGGAAAGAGGGAAUUGAUCCUGAGCAAUCAUGUCGGUAUCAUCGAGGCCCAAUGCAUCUCUUCGCAUGCCGACAUUAGCCAAUGGGACGAAAAUGACGACUCCAACAAGAUCAUUCUCUCGGAGCGAUACUGGAGACAGACUCUGGAUGUGAAGAAGUUGGCCAAGGAUCGCGACCAUGCGUUGAGCAAACUUAGGCGGUUUUGCAUAUGUGGAGGUUACGAUAACCCCAGCAUGGACAUGUACCAAUGCCGUAAGGUCGGCUGUGGUUUAUGGAAUCAUGAGCAAUGCUUGAUCAAGGCUAUUGAGGAGAGAGCUUGGGCGAAAUUUAAGAAGGGCACGCUGACGCAUGAAAUCCAGGAACGAGACGAAGGGAAAGGCUUUGCCCAAAAAGUUGGCGAGACUGUAAGCAAUCUUGCACACCGAGCUUUUGGCAAAGAUGGACUGGGAGCCGAAGCCAUGGUCAUAGUCAAGGGCAACAAGAAACGCAAAGGAGUGCCCACGGGUAAACAUGUCUGGGCGGGCAAACUGCAAGGAGCCAUCCACAAAACAAAGACCGUUGAUGGGUCCGAUGCACACUAUGCGACUGUGACACAACUUGUUCCAACAUCAGGAAGCGCAGAAUUCCCUUCCGGCUUUGAGCCCAAGACGUGGCAAAUGAAGAUGAGUUGCCUGAAGUGCGGCGAACCGUUGAAUUGA